AUGCCCAUGUGGAACAUCCACCCCCUGAAACCUGAGGCCCUGCACCUGCCACUUGGGACCUCAGAGUUCCUAGGCUGCCAGCGGCGCCACACGCUCCCUGCCAAUGAAUUCCGCUGCCUCACACCAGAAGAUGCCACGAGUGCGUUUGAGAUUGAGCGGGAAGCCUUUAUCUCUGUCUCGGGUACCUGUCCCCUGUACUUGGAUGAGAUCCGGCACUUCCUAACCCUGUGUCCAGAGCUGUCACUGGGCUGGUUUGAGGAGGGCUGCCUUGUGGCCUUCAUCAUCGGCUCACUCUGGGACAAGGAGAGACUUACUCAGGAGUCGCUGACACUACACAGGCCCGGAGGGCACACAGCCCACCUGCACGUACUGGCAGUGCACCGGACCUUCCGGCAGCAGGGCAAGGGCUCUGUCCUGCUGUGGAGAUACCUUCAUCACCUGGGCAGUCAGCCGGCGGUGCGCCGGGCCGUGCUCAUGUGUGAGGAUGCCCUGGUACCCUUCUAUGAGAAAUUUGGCUUCCAGGCUAUGGGACCAUGUGCCAUCACCGCGGGACCUCUCACCUUCACGGAGCUACAGUGUUCCUUACGGUGCCACGCCUUCCUGCGCAGGAACAGUGGCUGCUGA